CCUGGGGGGUCUCGCGUGGAGUGCAUUUCGGGGGCAGGGGACGAGGGUGUUGGGCGUCUCGCGUGGGGCUCCGCGGCCCGGGCUGAGCCCCGCGUGUCCCGCAGGGAUGGCGGCCGCGCCGGGCCCGGGGCAGAAAGUGGCAGCGCCGAGCCGAGCCGCCCUGGAGCUCCUGUCGCUGCUCGGUGGGUCCCUCCCCACGCGUGACCCCGCCCCGCGGGCUGCUGCGUCCUUGCCGGGCGUCGUCACGCAGAUCCACGUCACGGGAUCACCUUGUCCUGCCGCGCGACCCCCCUCGAAGAAGAGCAUGCUGGGAGAUGGGGUCGCAGCAGGGGAGGGGGCUAGGAGCGGGCCAAGCUGCCCCUCCCAGCAUGCACCGCGACAGCGUGGGGCUUCGCGGGUGGGGUCUCUCAGGGGAAGGAUUUUCGCGCGAGCCUGCGUGCUGGUGCGGGCCACGAGCCGGGCCUGCGUGGACGGCGCGCCGUGCGGCACCUCCCUGCACGCCUUCGUGUCCAAGAAGCUGGAGACCCUGGAGCAGCACCAGCACGAGUACGUGAAGCUGCCCGGGCACCCCCUGGACAAGACGACGCAGCUGGUGCAGCGCGGGGGCAAGAUCCUCAUCAGCUGCACCACGGUGGAGGGAGAGGAGCAGCAGAGCCAGCACUGGGUGCAGGAGCUGCCGGCCGCGCAGGGGUUGGUGUUGGAGGGCGCGGCCGUGCUGCUGGGGCGCGUGCUGGCUCGGCGCUGCGCCGUGCCCCCCAGCACCAUCUUCCUGGCCCUGGAUCCUGAGGGCCGCUUCUGCCCGGCUGCCUAUAGCGUGCUGGGCAUGCAGCGGCAGCAGGUGGGCGCGGAGGAAGCCGAGGUCUUCGUGCUGGAGCGCACCGUGGGCGCCGCUGUGCCCCUGACCUGGCAGGACAGCUUCUUUCCUGACGGGCAUCUGACUCGGCGCGUCCAGGUGGGCUGCCCCACCACUGCCCUGCUGUUGGACAAGCCGCCGCUGCCGGAGCAGGAGCCCACCGAAGCCCCCCUGGCCUGGGGGAAGCAGCCCCUGGCAUGGGAGGACGACAUGCAGCUCCGCUCACAGUUCCUGGACAGGAAGGAGGAGCUGCAGGCCUCGCAUGCCGCCUACGUGCGGCGCCACCCGGAGCUGCCCGCGCUGCUGGGGGACUUCCUGCAGGCCCUGCUGCUGCGCCAGCCCCCAGACCCCUCCACCUUCGCCGCCACCUUCUUCGCCCCCUUCGCCACCCGGCGCCCCCCGUCACCCUCCUUCCGCAGCGCCUGCCCACCCAGCCCGCCCUAAAGGGCUCGAGGACUCCAGUUUUGCUGCCCUGGUGCAUUGUGGGU